CGAUUCAAUUUAAACUAGGCGAACCAAUGCUACCUGAAUCGGUAUGCAGCCUGCCUUGUGAGGUGGGACAGGCCAAGACCUAUGUGGAGGGAGAGAGCUGUUGCUGGCAUUGCUUGAAUUGCUCACAAUAUCAGAUCCGUGACCCUGAGGACGAAACACUGUGUCGGGUGUGUCCAUACGGCACCGUGCCUGACACCUCACACCAGACAUGUCUCGAUCUUCCUGAGGACUUCCUCCGGGCGGAGAGCGGGUGGGCUAUCGGCGCCAUGUCUUUGUCAGCUUCAGGCGUGCUGGUCACUCUGUUCGUGAUUGGCGUCUUCCUGCGGCAUAACGACACGCCGGUCGAGGCAUCGGGACGCGAACUCAGCUAUGUCCUUCUGACUGGAAUUCUGCUCUGCUAUCUCAUCACGUUCGUCUUCGUGCUCAAGCCUAGCGAUAUCGUGUGUGGGGUACAGAGGUUCGGAGCAGGCUUCUGUUUCACAGUAGUCUAUGCAGCCCUUCUCACCAAAACCAACCGGAUAUCGCGGAUUUUCAACGCGGGAAAAAGGACUGCGAAGAGACCCAAUUUCAUCACUCCCAAGUCGCAACUGAUCAUUUGUUCAGUAAUGGUGUCUGUUCAA